AUGCUCGCUAAGCUUCUCCUCGUUGCUGUUCUUGGUGAGUUUCUCUUCUUUUUUUUUGGGAAGUGGGAAUUAUUACAUGGUCGAUUAACCACUAUUUUUCGAGAAAAUUGCAGGGUAACUGUAAAUUCUCAGUUUUAUUUAUGAUUCUUGGAAUUUUGACAUUCUUCUAUUGCUUUCAACACGGCUAGACUGUCAUAAAACUUGAAAACUUUAAAAAUCUCCAUAAACUGUUCAAGAAUAUUAAAGCAAUAGUUCUCAAAAAAACGGGUCUUUGAGGGAAUCUUUACAGUAACCCAGAAUUUUAGUUUUGACCAGUAAAUUAAAGGGUGAAACAUAGAGAGAACUAAUUUUUUUCAAUACUGAUUGAUGAAAAUGACUAAAAAUGGAUAAAAAAGACCGGAAAAGUUUAAAAUUCUUGGGAAAUGAUAUCAAUUUUUUUGAAACUAAUCUUUCUGGAAAUUUAUCGCAUUUUCGAAAUUGAAAAAAAUUUUAAGAAGAAAUUGACCCAUAGGUGAAAAAAAUCACUCUUUUUAUUAAGAUCGAAUAAAAGAGAAAAAAAUCUAUCACAUUUUACGAAAAAUGAUGCAAGUAUUUGUUCGUGAUCUUUUGGUUGUUUGGGAGAGCCACGAGGCAAAUCAGUGAUAAGAAAAUUUUUAUCAGUUUUUUUCAUUUCCGUUCCAGCUUCUGAUAACAGUUCCAUAACACAGUAGAGAUUGAUAGUCUGGUCGGUAGUCCUUUAAAGGAGCAUGAUAAAGGUCUUGAAGUGGAUAGCCGUUUACAGCAUUAUUUUGAGUUACGGAAGGCUCCUGCGCCUUUAAAAAGUCAGAAAUGGAUUCAUGAUGGGAAAAUAAGCUUUACGGGACCCUUAUAUUACGGUAAAAUAUUACGGUCAUUCAUGAAAACUGCAGUACUUCCUGUAGUAUUUUGCAUAGAAAUUUACAAUUAUUUAUGUUCUAGCAAGGAUUUUUCAACAGAAUAUUCACAGUAGAUCCCUGAAAUUUUUGUUAUAAAACUGUUAUAAAUCGACUAUUAACUAAAAAUAAGUCACCUAUAGAGGUCCAAAUGAUGUCAUGAAACCCAUCAGAAAGUCCCUACUUUGAACUUCAAGUUUUCGCUCAAGCUCCGCCCCUAAUGGUGUCAUAAACCAAUCAAGGAGCGAGCCAUCCACUGAGCGUUUUUCAAUGACGUCAUUGCACAAAAUCUGGAUCAACUAUAGCUGAUUCACGGCAGAAUUGAGCCUUCGAAAAAUGGGUCCUGACACGAUAAGAAAAGAGAUAGUGCCUGGUUAGUGGAGAGCGCAGACAGGAUCCCAAGCUAGUCAUGAAUCGACUAUAUACCCAUGUUUUUAUGAAAAAAAGAUUACGGUAAGCUGAAAAUCUGCAGUGUCCGCCGUUGCGGCCGACACGUGCCUCCACUGCAUCUGCCUCCACGAAUCCGGAUGCAAGCCGCUCGGAUGCCGCAUGGACGUCGGAUCUCUGUCUUGCGGUUAUUACCAGGUACUUAUUUUAUAUAAAGUUCAGAAAUUAUUCAUAUUCAGAACCUUUCAAAAAUCCAUAGACUUCAAUUUUUGCAACCAUUUCUAACUUUUCCAGUUGAAACUUCCGUACUACGAGGACUGCGGCCAAGUCGGAAAGAAGGCUGGCGAAACGACUGAAGCCGCCUGGAAACGUUGCUCCGACGACUACAACUGCUCCACCGAAUGCGUUCAGGUACACAUUCGAUCUGUAGCAUGGAAAUCCGUUUCACGGCGUUCCCAAACGGGGUGGGGAAACGUCAAAAAAAAAUUUUGGCGCGAAAUUUGAAAUCUCAAUUACGCAGCCAAAUGUAUUCUUCAUGCCGUUGAAUACUCAGUUUAACUUGCAACGAUAGGUAGCUGUGACGUCACAGUCCUUUUAUCCGAAGCGCGCGUUCACUUUUUUUUUUGGAAAUUCAGAAGCUUUGACGCCUCGCUUACUCACCCCAUUAGGAAUGCGUGGUUCCGAGCCAUUUUUAAAGAACCGAAAAGAAAAAGCUAGAAAUACAACCUUUUGCUCUACAAAAGACAGAAGACAACAAAGGUCUUGAAACGAAAAUGCUCUAUUUCGAUCUAAUUCGGUAUAUAUUUUUUGCGGAUAUUUUUGGCGCUAGUCCAUUCGAAACAACAUGAAAAAUUUCUGGUCUGUCUGCGUCUCUUCUCUCUCACUGAUGGCCGAGAAGAGGAGAAAAAUCAGAUUUUUAUAAUUUUCAAGAAAAAUCGUACUUUUUCCAGAACUACUACAACCGCUACAAGGGCAACUGCGCUUCCACCGGUGAAGGAGCUUGCCAGGUAAACAAUUUGUUUUAUUUUUCCAAAUUAUCAUGAUGAGAAUAACUGAUUAUUCAUAGAACUUGUUUCAAAAUAGUUUGAAAACUGGAACUUUGGCUUUUUAUUUUCAAGGAAAUAGAAAGGCCUCAAGCUCCUCAUAGAAAUAUUCACAGCUACUUAGGAAAUCCCAGAGUGGUCCCUAUAGGGGUUGGAAGGAAAAACAGCCCCUACAGGGAAAAAAGGGGUUUCUACAGGAGAAAAAAUUUAGCUGGUCCCUAUAGAAGUUUAGGAUCUGCUCCCUUAGACCCUAAAGCUCAAGUGGUUCCUGUAGGGGACGGAAAAGUGGUUCCUAUGGGGGAAAAAUUCAAGUGGUCCCUAUAGAGGUUUAGGAUCUGAUUCCUUAGACUCUAAAGCUCAAGUGGCCCCUAUAGGGGGCAAAAAGUGGCUCCUUAAAAUACUAGCAUAUUUUCUAUAGGGACCACUAACACGCCCCCUAUAGUGGCCACUAACUGAAACCCCUAUAGGGACCACUCUUGCGAGCUUGAGCGGCCACUGUAGGGGUUGGUAAAAACCCUUCAAGGCCCCUAAUUUUUUUUUCUGAAGGAAAAUCAGGAAUUCACCUUUUUUCAGUCAUCUUUUCAAAGACUUCCCUAUCAAGUCGUAUAUCGAUAGGAAGAGAAAAUUAUUACAUAUCUAUAUGAUAAAACGAAAAAACCUUAAUAAGUGAAAUAUCUGCAGGUUAUGGCCAGAAACCACAACGGAGGCCCCAACGGCUGCAAAUAUGCGGGAACCGCCGGCUACUGGAACGCCAUCCACAGCUGUUGCGGCUGCGCCUAAAUUUUUUCCGCUUUUUUCCUAUUUUUUUCAAAAUUUGCAAAGAAUAAAAACUUCUGACUUUACUUGGAAUGAAUAUGUCGCAUUUGGAAUGGCUUGAAACUCUGAUAUAGUCUGUUCAGAUUUUUAAUGUCAAGUCGUCGCUCAAGCUCCGCCCAUAAUGGUGCGAUAAACCAAUCAGAGAGCGAGCCAUCCACACAGCAUUUUUGAAUGACGUCAUUCUACUUGAUAUUCAAAAUCUGAACAGACUAUAGAGUUCAUGAAUUUGAAGUAACAAUUUCAUUGGUUGUCGAUUAAAAAUUGUUGAAGGAAUCGAGAAAUUUUGUUUUUUGAUAUGAAGGGGUAACAUCGACGAUUGAAAAAUUCAUAUUUUUUUCAUGAUAUAUUUUUUUCCUGAAUAAAUGCGCCUCAUGAUGCAUUUAAAAGUUGAAAAAAAGUCAGAAUCGAGCUAACUAUUUAAAUAAUAAAACAUAAACUAUCUUUGAAAAAAAUUACCCUUAUUUCCUAAAAAAACUACUUGAAAAAAUUUGAAAGUUAGCAAGUUGAAUGAUUUUUUUAUUAAAACCAAUUCAGAACUUCUACUUAAAAAAACGUUUUAGAUACAAUAAAAACAUAUUUCAAACGUAAUUGAAAUAGAAAAAGGAAAUUCUGAAUGAGAAUAACUUUUAAUUUAAAAAAAUUGAAAUAUUCGAAAUAUUUUUUUCAAACCCAAUUUUCUAGGGAAAGAUCUUUCAAAGCAAGUCUGACUAGUGAGUUAAAGUUGAAACUUUACGAGAAUAAAUCAAAACAUAUACACGAUAAAAAUUACAGAUCGAAAGCUUACAAGUAAUACAAAAAAAGAAAAAGAAAAACUGAAAAAAAUUUCAAUUUUAUUAAACUUAUUCAAUUUUCAACUCUUUUUCUUCAACCAAGAGCAUAAAACAUACUUUUUCACGAAAUCCUGGUUACAUUUGUGAUUUCUCUCGAACUGCAGACAUUCAGGCGCUUAUCAGCGACGCAACGUGGCGCUCGGAUGCUUCUAAACAACUGAUGAAACGACGAAAAACGUGUUUGAUAAGGAAAUUUUGAACUUGAGCUUGAAAAGAAGAAGGAAAACGAGAAAAAGGGGCGAAAAAUUUAAGGAAAGUGCAGAGAGAAGCGUACUGAAAGAUUCUGAUCAAUUUUCUGAAGAAAAAGUUCAUCAUUUUGACGGUUUUUAAUGAAUAUUUCUAUUCUUUAGACGAGAUUCUAGAAAUAAAAUGCAAAAAAUAAACUUAAAGCUUCAUAUAAAGUUAUUAACGAGAGAUAAGAACAAAAUUAAUCCGUAAAAUCUUCUUUGGUCCCGACUAUUUUCUACCAAGGCAAGCGCCGCUUCUAGCGGAUAGUGAGUUCCUCUCCCAAAUCGACUGUUUCAAUUCAUUCCAACGGAUCCCAGGGAACAAUGCUACUCCAAGUUGUCUUUCUAGUUUUACUAAUGGUCCUUGCUGCGUCCGCCACAACCUGCAGUGAUAACCCUCCACCUAAGGUAUUUACUUAAAAUGUAUAUCAAACAAAUGGUAAUUGAAAAAUUUUCCAGCGACGGCCGUCGGAUAGAGCAGUGACGAAGGGUCGCAAGAAACCGAGCAUCCGGCCACGGCAGAUUGAGCCAAACGAAAAGGAGGUAAAAAAUUUGACUCAUAACGAACUACAAGAAGAAAAAUUCUUGAUCCCUGUAAAACCACGGACAGUUGAAUUUAUAACUUAGAGCUUUAAGAUUCCGGAAAACAUUGAAAUGGAUCAAGAAAAUGAAAAAAAAGGAAAGGAAAAAAAUUCGGUUGCGCUCAAAAAUGUGUUUUGCUGCAAAGCUGCUCAACAGCGAAAAGCUCCCUGGAGGGCUUUUUCGAUUAUUUUUCUUAUUUUUCUUAUAUUUCGUUCAGUUUUGAUUCAUUCAACUUGUUCGUUGACUUCUUAGGGCUCUUAGUAUUUGGAACUAUAGGUUUUGAUGUGAAAAAAAAGUUACAUAGUUUUCGCGAAGGAAGGUCUAUGUGGCAAGUUCCAAAUAUCGGGAUUUAUAGGUUUAUUUUCGAAUUUGAUGUGGUUCUAUAACUUUUGAUAAAUUUUUAAAAAAAGGCAUUGUAAUUAUUUGACGCUUUAUCUAAUUGAAAAACUGAUUGUUUGAUGUUUUUCGUAAAAGGAUUAAUUUUUUUCGUAUUGCAAUCGAAAAAUAUUUCUUUAGGAUUCUAUGUUGUUUAAAAAUGCUCAAUUCGCAAAUUUCGAUAUCGUCUUUAUCAUGAUCAUUGAUUAUUUUUUUACAGCAAAUCAUCAAGAAAGGUUUGAAAGUUGAUAAAAAAAUCGCUACCCGACGCUCGACGACAUCAAGAGCGACUGGGGCGAUGAGGCGCCUGGCGAGCAAAAAGAAAAAAAGGUAAAGGUUUCUUUUUGAUUCAAAUAAAAAGUAAAAAUCUUAAUAUUUUGCUUUCUUUGUUCCUUAUAAAGACUGUUGUAUUUUCAGUCGCUGAGGAAUUCAACGGAGUCGACGGAUAUUAAAAAAUCUUCGUUCUCCGGGGUGAAAACUGCCAAGGUGCCGACUGUUGCGACCAGGAGUCAGACUACCAAGGUUUUUCAGAAAAUCAUUCAUCAAUAUAAAAUUGUCAUUUUCCAGUCAAGGUCAAAGUGCAGUGAUUGAAAGACUGCUCUCACCGACACAUUUAUUUUUUUAAAAUACAAUAAAAGUUGAUUAAAAUUGAUCUUGUUGGUUUUGGAAUGGGUUUUUUCGGGCUGAUGAGGAAGGUUUCUUCUGGAAGUUAUUUGAUGAGUUUUCAACUUCCCAUUUUUGGUCAGUAGCAUCCGUUGGGCUAAUAAGUCUUGAUGUAGCGAAACUGUUGCCCGAGCUGAUAACCCGAUGUGUUUUAACGAUUUGGGUAAAAACCUAGGCUUAAAUGCGGGACUCAAUGCAAGAUUUUCGCGUUUUUGUAGUCGCCAAGGACUACUUAGAUAGGUCACUAAAGUGACCACUAAUCCCAUCUCUAUAGUAGCCACUAUUUUCCAUUUUAGUGGCCUCUCCAGUAGUUUUUCAUCCAGUAUUCCUUCCAGUGACUCUGAUAAUUUUAAAACAAACAGAUUGGACCAGUUAUGUUGAUCCAUUGACCCCUAAAGUGGCCACUAAAAUUUUUAGUGGUCUAGUAGUAACACUUAGACCUCUAUAGUGGCCACUAACUUUUAACCCCUUAAGGGGUCACCAAUUUGACUACUAUUGUUCUAAAGUCAUCUCAGUCUCAACCAGAAAAGUUUUCCCUUGUUGGAAAAUUUUUCUACCAUCUUCUCUUAUCUCUAGAGCCAUUUUUCCAUCAAUUUAUAGGGGCCAAUGUCACGCCAACCGAUUCCGAUCCCCAACAUCUAUCGAUGGUCUGAAGAUUAAAAGUUGACGUUUAGCGCCUCCGUGUGUCUGUCUAUAACUCUCGAUACGGGCUCCCAUAAAUAACGAAUAUGAGGUCAGAGAUUGGCGCAACGUUGCAAAUGUUUUUACAGCCUCGGCGCGACCCUGAUGCGUCGCGGACGCGUCGCGUAUUGCGCAACGGCCCGAUCCGUCAUGACCGUGUUCCGACGCUUUGCGUCAUCUCAGUUAAUUGGCCAAACGGCUUGA